AUGGUCUGGCAGGAGAAGGUCAAUUGUAUUCUGUUUCUGGGUCACCGCUGGGAUAUGUACACCGAUAUGUUCACCGAAAACUUCGUUGUGCCUGACCUUAGCGGAACUCCCUACACCGUGGAAGCUGAAUUCUCGGGAAAGUUCAAUUUCGCGCACGAAACGAGUCUGAAGGUGCGCGCUCAUAGCCUGUUGAUGAGACGAGAAGGCAGCAACCCCCACAGCAUCAACAUGUUUAAGGUGGACUGGCGCGAUGGGGAAGGCUUCAAGCCGGAUUUGGGGCUUUGCGAGUUGUUGGUGUAUAUCGGAGAGGAGAGGACGGUGCUGAUCCACGGCGAGGCUGGGCGCGGACGUACCGGGACGCUGAUGCUGCUCCGGAUGGGGAUGACGGCCAUCGAUCAUGGAAUCCCCUUCGACCCGAAAGAGCAGCUGCGGGAGCUGCGAGCGGCUCGUGCUGGCGCCGUGGAGAAGAAGGAACAAUUCGCCUCCUGCCAGGCGGCCCUCCAUCUCUACCACUUGCAAACGCAGACCGACAUUUCCGAGAAGGACUUGGAAGAGGCGCGAGGCGAGGUGGUGAGGGCAUGGCAUCGGUUUCGU